GGAGCAGGAUGCCAAGUCCCGGGAAGGGACAGCCUUGAAGGACAGCUUCUGCAGAAUAAGAGAGAGGAGGAGUCCCAGUAGCCACCCUGGGGCUGCUCUCACUCCAGUGCCGCACAGCAGGGGAGAGAGUUUUCCAGCGUUAUGAAGGCAGAGAAGGACCCCGAGGACGACGAAGUCAGAGAUCCGAGCUAAGUGUAGCGCAGCAUGCGAGGGCCCGCGGAGCCCCAGCUCAGCAGUUAGCGCCCGGGGCUGGCUCUGAGCAGCAGGGAUCACAGUGGAUCAGCCGGUGCAGUGAGGGGACGAGGCACAGUGCUGUCUAGGAUGAGCUGUUGGCUUUCCUGUGCUCCCAGGAACAGACAUGCAGCAGAUUGGAAUAAAUAUGAUGAUCGAUUGAUGAAAGCAGCAGAAAGGGGUGAUGUAGAAAAAGUGUCCUCAAUCCUUGCUAAAAAGGGAGUCAACCCAGGCAAACUUGAUGUGGAAGGCAGAUCUGCCUUCCACGUUGUGGCUUCAAAGGGGAACCUUGAGUGUUUGAAUGCCAUCCUGAUCCAUGGAGUUGAUAUUACAACCACUGACAGUGCAGGGAGAAAUGCCCUCCACCUGGCUGCCAAGUACGGACACGCGCUGUGCCUACAGAAGCUCCUGCAGUACAAUUGCCCCACCGAGCACGUAGACCUGCAGGGCAGGACUGCGCUUCACGAUGCGGCAAUGGCGGACUGUCCUUCUAGCAUACAGCUGCUCUGUGACCAUGGGGCCUCUGUGAAUGCCAAGGAUGUAGAUGGGCGGACACCUCUUGUUUUGGCAACUCAGAUGUGUAGGCCAACAAUAUGUCAACUGCUGGUAGAUAGAGGAGCGGAUAUUAACUCCAGAGACAAACAAAACAGAACGGCUCUCAUGCUCGGCUGUGAGUAUGGCUGCAGAGAUGCAGUUGAAGUCCUCAUUAGGAACGGUGCUGAUGUGAGCUUGCUGGACGCCCUCGGCCAUGAUAGCUCUUACUACGCAAGAAUUGGCGACAACCUGGACAUUCUCACCUUACUGAGGACCGCCUCAGAAAAUACCAACAAAGGAAGAGAACUUUGGAAGAAAGGACCACCUUUGCAACAGCGAAAUUUGACACACAUGCAAGAUGAGGUGAACAUGAAAUCAAAUCAGAGAGAGCCUCAAAAUAUCCAGGAUCUGGAGAUUGAAAAUGAAGAUUUGAAAGAGCGAUUAAGAAAAAUUCAACAAGAACAAAGAAUACUGUUGGAUAAAGUCAAUGGCUUACAAUUGCAGUUGAAUGAGGAGGUUAUGGUUGCUGAUGAUCUGGAAAACGAGAGAGAGAAGCUGAAGUCUCUUUUGGCAAACAAAGAAAAGCAACAUGAAGAAAGCUUACGAACCGUCGAGGCUCUGAAAGCGAGACUGAAAUAUUUCGAGGGUGAUCAUUUAGGAUCAGGAAGUCACUUCAGUAACCGAAAAGAAGACAUGCUUCUUAAACAAGGUCAGAUGUAUGUGACAGACUCACAGUGCACGUCCCCCGGCUUGCCGGCCCAUCUGCAGAGCAGGUCUGUGGUGAGACCCCUGGAGCUGUCUGCCCCCGCUCACUCCACCUACGCUGAAAGCGAAGUGUUAAAGAAGGAGUUAGAAGCCAUGCGGACUUUCUGCGAGUCCGCCAAACAAGACCGCCUGCGGCUGCAGAACGAGCUGGCCCACAAGGUGGCCGAGUGCAAAGCCCUGGCCUUGGAGUGCGAGAGGGUCAAGGAGGACUCGGACGACCAGAUCAGGCAGCUGGAGGACGCGCUCAAAGACGUGCAGAAGAGGAUGUACGAGUCCGAGGGGAAGGUGAAGCAGAUGCAGGCCCACUUCCUCGCGCUCAAGGAGCACCUGACGAGCGAGGCCGCCGGGGGUCACAGAGUGGCGGAGGACCUGAGGGAGCAGCUGAGCGACGUGAGAGCCCAGUACGAGGGCACGUCCGCAGAGGUGGGGAAGCUGAGGAGCCAGCUCAAGCAAAACGAGGCGCUGGUGGAAGAGCUGAGGAGGGACGGGGCCCGGCUGAGGGAGGAGCAGCAGCGGCUGCAGAGGGAGGUCGGAGCGUGCGAAGUGGAGCGAGAGAAGAAGGGGCGGCAGGUCUCGGAGAUGGAAGGCCGGGUGAAAGAACUGUCUGCAAAGCUGGCCCUCUCCAUCCCGGCAGAGCAGUUUGAAAACAUGAAGAGCUCGUUAUCGAACGAAGUGAGUGAGAAAGCCAAAAGAAUCGUAGAGGUGGAAAGAGAACAUGAAAAGUCUCUCAGUGAGAUGAGGCAGUUAAAGAGAGACCUUGAGAACGUGAAGGCCAGGCUCGCUCAGCACGUCCCACCCGAGGAGCACGAGCAGCUCAAGAGCAGGUUAGAGCAGAAGUCGGGAGAGCUCGGGAGGAAGGUCACUGAGCUAACUCGGAAGAACCAGGUGCUGCAGAAGGAGCUGGAGAAGGUUCUCGGGGAUAAGCAGCUCCUCAACCAGCAGGUGCACAACCUGACCACCGAAAUGAAAAGCCAGUACGUGCCUUUGAAAGUCAGCGAAGACAUGAAGAAGUCCCACGGCGUGAUUAUCGACGACUUGAAUAAGAAGCUUUUAGACGUCACGCAAAAAUAUGCAGAGAAGAAGUCAGAGAUGGAGAAACUGCGGGUGGAAAAUGACAGUUUAAGUAGGAGCGUGAGCCGCCUGGAAACCGCGUUUGUCCCUCCUGAGAGACAUGAAAGAGAGACGUUGGCUCUGAAAUCCAGCAUCGGUGAGCUGGAGAAGCAGCUCUCUGAACUGACUAAGAAAUGUGGCGAGGGCCAAGAGAAGAUACACGCGCUCACAGCCGAGAACGCGGACUUGAAGAAGGCCCUGAGCAGCCAGUACGUGCCGGCCAGGACCCACGAGGAGCUGACGUCGGCCUUGAGCAGCACCUUGGAUAAAACGAGCAGGGAGCUGGUGACUGUGAAGAAGAAGCUCGAAGAUGUAAGUCAAGAGGUGGUAAGAGUAAAAGACGAGAAUGAGACACUGAGGCGCAGCCUGGAGAACACUCAGAACCAGCUCAGAGCCGAGUACGUCAGCCUGGACGAGCACGAGCAGAUGACCAGGGCUCUACGGAAGAGCCUGCAGGAGGCCCAGGAGCAGAGCGCCGAGACCCUGACUAACUACAGAAAGGGCCAGGAAGAGAUCGUGACUCUGCACGCCGAGAUCGAAGCCCAGAAGAAGGAGCUGGACACCAUUCAGGAAUGCAUAAAGCUCAAAUAUGCCCCGGUUACCCGCUUGGAAGAGUGCGAGAGGAAGUUCAGAGCCACGGAGAAAGGGCUGAAAGAGCAGCUGUCCGAGCAGACCCAGAAGUGCAGUGCUAGAGAAGAGGAAGCCAGGAAGAGCAGGCAGGAGAGCGACCGGCUGAAGAAGGAGGUCUCCACCCUGCAGAAAGAGCUGCGGGAAAAGAACGUCCUCGUCGAGAACGCUCGCGAAGUGGAAAAAGCGCUAAGCAGGAAGACGGAAGAACUGAACAGACAGGUAAGAGACCUGUCGCAGAAAUACGCGGAAGCGAAGAACGAGAAAGAGAAGCUGGCGGAAGAAAACGCCAGGCAGUCUUCUGAGAUGCUCGCAGUGCGGAAUGCUCUGCAGAAGCAGCACGUCCCGCUGGAGCAGGUCGAGGCUCUGAAGAAGUCCCUGAACGGCACGAUUGAGACGCUGAGGGCAGAACUGAGGGCGAAGCAGACGUGCUGUGAGAGAGAGCAGCAGGCGGCCAGCAGGCUGCAGCAGUCGCUGGAGAGCCAGAGGAGCGCCUCGGUGCCCCUGGCGGAGCAUCUGCAGGUCAAGGGAGCGUUCGAGAAGGAAGUCGAAGUCCUCACGGCUAGUUUGAGAGCCAAGGAAGAAGAGCACCAGCGCCAAACCGAGGAGGUCUCCCAACUGCAGUCUGAGCUUCAGAAUGUCAAACAAGCGCUAAAGAAAUUAGAGAGCAGAGAGGUCGUUGACUUGUCUAAGUAUGAAGCCACAAAGAGCGAUCUGGAGACACAGAUUUCCAACUUAAAUGAAAGACUGGCCCAUCUGAACAGAAAGUACGAGGAAGUAUGUGAGGAGGCUUUGCAUGCCCAAAACAAGGGCCAUUCUGCCACGGGCGAGAAGGACUUGCUGCGUCUCAGCAUCGAGCAGGAGAUCAAGGAUCAGCAGGAGCGUUGCGACAAGUCCCUGACCACCAUCACAGAGUUACAGAGGCGCAUCCAGGAGUCUGCUAAACAAGUCGAAGCCAAAGAUAACAAGAUAACUGAACUGCUGAAUGACGUGGAGAGGCUGAAGCAGGCCCUGAACGGCCUCUCCCAGCUCACCUACACGAGCGGGAACCCCACCAAGAGGCAGAGCCAGCUGGUCGACGCCCUGCAGCACCAGGUGAAAGCUCUGCAGCGGCAGCUGGCUGAUGCCGACAGACAGCACCAGGAAGUCAUCGCGGUCUAUCGGACACACCUCCUCAGUGCUGCGCAGGGUCACAUGGAUGAGGAUGUCCAGGCAGCCCUACUCCAGAUCAUACAGAUGCGGCAGGGGCUGGUGUGCUAGCCGGAGCCCCGAGGGCCAGAGACUGCUCUCCAGCUGGUGCUGAGCCUUCAAGUGCAGCUCCACGGCCCGCCUGGGCCCUUCCCGUGCUAGUAUGACGGAAACGAAUUAGGUUUUGUGCCGUCAGUAGAUUUCUCUAAUUAGAUGGGUAUGUUACUGAGUUUUCGAGUAUCAGUUAAAAUCUUGUGUUCCAUAGAUAUUUUUUUUUUUCAGUUAGACAGCAUUACACUUUGCUUUGGAUCGACCACAUAUUUUUAAACCUUUGGGUUUCUCAUAGAACAUGAGCCACCGAGUGGACCCAUACCAAAAGGAGUUAGACUGAAAUGAUUACGAUUUCUUUCAGUGAAGUUAAUCUGGUCGCUAGCCACUUAGUGGAUCAAAGACCUUUCAGGUCCUCAGUGGAGCCUUGAGACCUGAUGCGGUUUCAAAGAAUGCGUUGUAACCUGGCUGGCCGAGCGGCGUCUUUACUGAGGUAAUUUAACGAGAGCCCUUGACUUCUCUUGGAGGUACCGAAUUUUUUCUUCUUCACAUUAAUAACUUUUAAAGUAAACUUCUUUUCAUAAAUGGUUUGCAGUGCUAAAUUGCAUUUAGAUUAAAAGCAGGCAGGGGUGGAGUAUAUCAGGAAUUUAUAAUAAAAGUGCUUAUCCUCUCUUCCACGGCAUCUCAGUUUUGACUUGUGGUGACUUUGCUUGCCACAGUAUUGAGAACUAUAAUAAAUGGUAUAUUUAUCAUUUUUUAUCAUUUUUAGAGGUUUCAAAAUGUCAAAAACUUUAGGCUUUUGUUUGGCAGUUACUUUGACAUUCGCUGCUAUAGUAACUGAGCACUCAUACACGCAUCCUCCAGACGCCUCUUAUUUAUAGGAGAGCUGUGCUAAUGAGGUUAAUCAUGUGAAAUGCAGCUUCCCUGCAAAAUUAGCACCGGAGAAUUGAUUUUAGAAAACAGAUCUUUAAGGUUUGAGAUGAAAGUGCAAUAUACAGUAAACUGAGUAUAGACAGGAAGAGAAUAUUGAGGCUGGACUCCAAGGUAACCAACCGUGUUUAUGAACUGCAUCUCGUUAAAGAAAGUUUCCAUGUCCUGGUAUUUUUGCUAAUAGUUGGUUUAUCAUUCAGCUUGAAUAUUGCUAAUUUGGCUGUUAGCAGAUAACCAGACGAAUGAAUCAUGCCAGCUGAGUUGUCUUAAUUUGCAAAAUGUGCCUUAGCCAUAAUCUUUUAGUAUCCUGGUCCAGAUUUGUAUUUCCCUUUUUGUAUAAUAGAAGAAAGGAACUAUCAAAAUAGCUUUUCACACCAAAGAAUAAGCCAUCACACUUCUUCCAUGCAGAAACAGCAGUGAAAAGUCAGAGUGGGAUUUAUUUCUCAGGCUUUAGGUCGCUGUCGACAGUGUACCUAAACCCCAUCCUGUUUCUUUAAUUGUUACAGUGAAUGUCGGCCUUUGUGGGAGUUCUGCCUCAUGAAUUCAGGCUCCCUGUCAGAGCUCUGCAGCGGAGCGAGUUCUAAGUGGAAUACUCACCAGCAGUGUGCGGUUUCCUUAUCAGGGGUGGGGAGGGACUCUUAUGUGUAUUUUAUUUUGUCAACUCUCAAUAAACUGUUUCCUGGA